AUGCGUGGCCUAUUGCCUACCCUCUGCCUGGCCCUAGGGUUGGUGACUGCGACUCAAGGACUCCUCGUUCGUCAUGACAACUCCUUCCAGCCCGACCAUAUUCUCCGAGUGACUGCUCAAAAUUAUAGCCAAGCAUGCAUGGAACGAUACUCAGUUCUGGUGAACGGGUCCUCCCCGGGACCCGAGUUGCGUCUCCAGGAAGACAAAGUGAGCUGGAUUCGUGUUUAUAACGACAUGGAGGAUUCGAAUGUCACAAUGCAUUGGCAUGGCCUUUCUGCUUUUACCGCACCCUUCUCCGAUGGUACUCCCAUGGCCAGCCAAUGGCCUAUCGCCCCUGGCCACUUCUUUGACUAUGAAGUCCGCCCUGAGGUCGGUUAUGCUGGCACGUACUUCUACCAUUCACACGUUGGCUUCCAGGCCGUCACUGCCGCAGGCGCACUUAUUGUGGAAUCGGCCCAACCCUCGCCAUACAAGUACGACGAAGAGCGCAUCAUUGCUUUGUCGGAUUUCUUCGCGAAGACGGAUGAGGAAAUCGAGGACGGCCUCACCUCAGCCAACUUCACAUGGAGUGGGGAGACUGGCGCCAUCUUGGUGAACGGCCAAGGCCGACUGGCCACCAAUGCUACUGGGUCAUGCAAGCUGGCUGCUAUUAGCGUCAAACCCGGGAAGACUUAUCGUCUGCGAUUCAUUGGGGAAACGGCCCUGUCUUUCGUCUCUUUGGCCAUCGAGAGCCACGACGUAUUCGAGAUUAUCGAAGCGGAUGGUCAUUACACCAAGCCAGUGAAGACGAGUUACUUGCAGAUUUCCACCGGCCAACGGUAUAGUGUGAUUUUGAAGGCCAAGACCGAAGCCGAGCUGCGAAAGGCGAAGUCCCGACAAUUCUACUUCCAGCUCACCACCCUGGGCCGGCCAACUGUCCUGACAAAUUUUGCGGUUUUGGAAUACCCAUCUCACAUCGCGACUGAUUUGACGACUGUCCCUGUCACUCCUCCCCUCCCUGUGGCGAACAUCACUUAUGGCUGGAUGGACUACACCUUGGAGCCGUACUACCCGGAUCUCAACUUCCCAACUUCCACGGAAGUAACCCGACGUAUUAUCAUUAACGUUCACCAGAAUGUUAGUACUCAUAUCGUCUGGCUCCAGAGCGGGUACGACUGGAUGGUGACAUUCCCCAAGUCGCCAUACCUGGUCGAUGUGUACACGGGUAAACUGGACCUCAACGCCUCGUACAAGCGGGCGAUUGCCAGCGGCUACGGGUUUGACAACCAAACCCGCCUUUUCCCCGCCAAGAUGAAUGAAGUCCUCGAGAUUGUCUGGCAAAACCAAGGUGCUGUUAAUACAGGCGAUAUUGAGAACCACCCCUUCCAUGGACAUGGGAGACAUUUCUAUGACAUUGGCGGCGGCGAUGGGUUGUACAACUCGACGGAGAAUGAGAAGCGUUUGAACGGAACUCAUCCGGUAACUCGGGACACGACCGUGCUAUAUGCGUACAGAACCGAAACGAUGCCUCUCACGCCUUCAGGCUGGAGGGCUUGGCGUAUUCGGGUUACGGAUGCCGGCGUGUGGAUGAUGCAUUGCCACAUUCUUCAACAUAUGAUAAUGGGAAUGCAAACGGUAUUUGCUUUCGGUGACCAGGCGGCUAUCAUAGCGCAGUCAGACCCUGUUGAUGAGGGCUAUCUGACAUAUGGUGGCUCGGCGUAUGGGAAUGCCACCUAUCACCCACUUGUACAGCACUUCUUUGAUGUGCAUGAGCAAACAGUUUGA